AAGCAAGACAAAAUGUCCAAAAAUUGUAAGAGAUUGAAAGCAUGAGAAUCCAAUUCAUAGAAUGAAAAUUUAGUACACAAUAAUGAGAAGUAGGGAAAGAAAAGGAAAUCCUACAAAAAUGCAGAUAAACAAUUUUGUACCCAAGUAUCGUUAACAUGUUUGAGACAACAAUUGACUAAUUUCAGGAACCAUAACUUAAUAUUGACACUUGCCUACGUCGUUGUUUUCUCUUUCAACCCAUUUUCUUUGCCUUUUCUGUAGUUGUAAGAAUUCUCCAACCUCCUAGUUUCCCUGCAAAAUCUUCUCACGCAUAGCUGCUGCUUCUGUUUCUCUCUUGUCCAAUUUGUGAGCGAGGUUGAAGCUUUUGCUCCCCCAUGGUCUUGUUCUUCUAAUGUAGUUGACAAAUUGGUUUGUUUAAGGGUGAUUCGGGGAUCUGACAGAAGCAGAAACGCCUGGAUCUUUGCAAUUCUCGUGGUUUUCUUCAUCUGGGUAUAGUUAGUUUUGUAAUGGGUUGGAGAUAUAAGGCUGGGUUGUUCCUCAUAGCUACUGUGGUUAUCAUAUGGGUCACCUCUGCCGAAGUCACCCAGGGUAUUUUUUCAGAUUACAAGCAGCCAUUUGCAGUGACAUAUCUUGGAGCUUCUCUUAUGGUAGUUUACCUCCCAAUAGCAUUCAUUAAGGACUGUCUUUAUAACUUACUUAAAGGCCGCUCUUCUAAAAGUGGAAAAAAUGCAAAACAUGAGGACGAGUUCACUAUCAGGAUUACCUCUCCUCUCAAAGGCAAUGUAGUGCAAAAAAACUCGGAAGUAGAACUGGGGAAUGUGACUCGGAAAGAUAGUGAUUUAGAUUUAUCUUCUCUUGAAGAAGUAAAGCCAUUGGUGGCUAAAUAUAAUGAUCCCAACUUGUCAAAGGCAGAGAAAGAACUUACUACGAAGGAAAUUGCUACUUAUGGAUUUUACAUUGCACCUAUUUGGUUUGUAACAGAGUAUCUAUCAAAUGCUGCCCUUGCAAGAACAAGUGUCGCAAGUACAACAGUAUUGUCAUCUACUUCAGGACUUUUCACUCUUUUCAUUGGUGUGUUUAUGGGCCAAGACACUUUAAAUGUGGCAAAAGUAGUUGCUGUUUUGGUCAGCAUGGCUGGGGUUGCUAUGACAACUAUAGGAAAAACUUGGGCUGCAGAUGAGACGCAAUCAAGUGCUUCCAAUGGGCAGCGCUCUCUUGUUGGGGAUCUUUUUGGCCUUCUCUCAGCCAUGUCAUAUGGUCUAUUUACAGUUCUUCUUAAAAAGUUUUCUGGUGAAGAAGGAGAACGGGUGGAUGUGCAAAAGCUGUUCGGAUAUAUUGGAUUGUUUACGCUUGUAGCACUAUGGUGGCUUAUCUGGCCAUUGUCAGCCUUAGGAAUUGAACCUAAGUUUACAAUUCCCCAUUCUGCUAAAAUGGAUGAAGUGGUUCUUGCCAAUGGAUUAAUUGGAAGUGUUCUCUCAGACUACUUCUGGGCACUCUGUGUUGUAUGGACAACUCCUCUGGUGGCCACUUUGGGCAUGUCACUCACCAUUCCUCUUGCUAUGUUGGCUGACAUGGUGAUCCAUGGUCGGCAUUACUCAGCAUUGUACAUUCUUGGCUCAGUUCAGGUAUUUGCAGGCUUUGUGAUAGCUAAUAUUUCAGAUUGGGGGACAAAUAAGCAAGGAUUGUAGCGCACUCUUUUCAAUGCUGAUUCCCUUUUUUGGUUGGUUAACUGUCCUCUACAAUCACUGAGUGCUAUGCCACGAAGUAACAUGUUGAGAAUCAAUGCCUUAAUCCUGGCUUUAGGAAGGCAACAAAAGUAUGUGCUUUCCAUGUUGUAUUUGUUUUUGUGUAUAUGGUUCUGGGGUGAGGCCUGUGUUG